UUUGCUGGCUUCAAGCUCUCCAUUGUUGUUUUUUAAUGGGAUUUGUCUGCUCUAUGUGACCAUAGUUUUCAGUCUGUGGCCUAAUUGAAUACUAAUAACACUACUUCUCUCUCUAUUUGAUCACUCUAUUUUCCACUAUUUUCUUUCUUGAAUCUCCUUCAUCCUCAAAGAAAAGUUUAGAGAAAAACAAACAAAAAGAUAACUGUUGAAUACCCACUUUACUUUUCCUUUGAUUUGAUUUGAUGGUUUCACAGAUCUAAACCCCUUUUCACUUUCAGAUCUUCAAAGUAUUAUAUUACAACAAAGGCAAAGUUGAGAUUUUUAUGAGCAAACUUAGAAGUGAGUCCUGUCAAAUGUGGAGACAUAAUUGGAUGGUGUUUUGGAUGAGAUGAGGCAUGCCAUCUGGAUUGAUGAACUUCUUGAGGGCCUGUUUUCAGCCAAGGGCUGAUGGACUUGUUCAUACAAGUUCUUCAGAUUCCGGUGGUCGUCAAGAUGGGCUUUUAUGGUAUAAGGAUACAGGACAACAUGUAAAUGGCGAAUUUUCUAUGGCUGUAGUCCAGGCUAAUAAUCUACUGGAGGAUCAAAGCCAAAUUGAAUCAGGGUGCUUGAGCUUGCAGGAUUCUGGACCAUAUGGUACUUUUAUUGGAAUUUAUGAUGGGCAUGGGGGACCUGAAACUUCAAGGUUCAUUAAUGAACACCUGUUUCAGAAUCUCAAGAGGUUCACAUCUGAGCACCAGUCUAUGUCUGUUGAGGUGAUUCGGAAAGCAUUUCAAGCAACAGAAGAAGGUUUCCUCUCUGUUGUGACUAGACAAUGGCCGACGAAACCACAGAUUGCUGCUGUUGGAUCAUGCUGUCUUGUUGGAGUUAUCUGCAGUGGAACCUUAUAUGUAGCCAACCUUGGUGACUCGAGGGCAGUCUUAGGGAGACUUGUUAGAUCAACUGGCGAGGUUCUUGCGAUUCAGCUCUCUGCAGAACACAAUGUGAGCAUUGAAUCUGUAAGACAGGAGAUGCAAUCUUUGCAUCCAGAUGAUUCACAAAUUGUAGUUUUAAAGCACAAUGUCUGGCGUGUCAAGGGGCUUAUACAGAUUUCAAGAUCCAUUGGUGAUGUGUACUUGAAGAAAUCUGAAUUCAACAGGGAGCCAUUAUAUGCUAAGUUUCGCCUUCGAGAACCAUUCGGAAAGCCCAUAUUGAGCGCAGAUCCAGCAAUUUCAGUGCACCAUUUGCAACCUGACGAUCAGUUUAUCAUAUUUGCAUCGGAUGGUCUCUGGGAGCACCUAAGUAACCAAGGAGCAGUUGACAUUGUACAAAAUCACCCACGAAAUGGGAUAGCUAGAAGGUUAGUGAAAACUGCACUACAAGAAGCAGCAAAGAAAAGGGAAAUGAGAUAUUCAGACUUGAAGAAAAUCGAUCGUGGAGUUCGUCGACAUUUCCACGAUGACAUCUCAGUAGCGGUUGUGUUCCUGGACUCGAACCUUGUGAGCCGGGCUAGCUCUGUCAAGAGUCCUAAUAUUUCUGUUAAAGGAGGUGGCAUUAGUUUGCCUACAAAGACUACCCCAACAUAAAGUUGGUGCAACUUUAUGAAGCUGUUGUUGUACUAAUAUGUAUGUUGUGAAUACCAGGUAGCUUCAAGAGCAGGCCAACAAUUUUUUAAAAAUGUAAUCUAACUGAGACUAGUACUUGCAUUUAGUUCCUGUGCCUAAGAAAGGUACUGGAAGAAAAAAAAAGUAUCUUUACAAAUAUCACUUUGAGUUAUUUCCUUCUUGCUUCUAUUA